AUAGAUCGCCCUUUGUUCCGCAUCUCUUUGGGCGCACAAGCACAGCGGAGAUACUGCCGCUGCGUAGAGUCUGAGCCACGCCUCGUUGCUGCAGCAACGAGUAAAGGCUGUCAGCAUUCCUCUAUGUCACUGCCGGAGCCUGUGAGAAGGCGGCUGAGCUCCUUCAGCCGAACGGUUUUUACCGACAGCCAUCGUACCGGACCCGAGAACAGAAGCGACGGUGACAACGUUCCCGAUAAUGAAAUUGUCUCCAGUUUGCCCUUGCAGAUGUCACUCUAUUUCAACCUCUGCUUUUUCCCAUUUUGGUGGGUGAGCAGCGUAGUCAUGCUGCAGCUGAAGUAUCCAGUCUUACCCGACUACUACAAGUUCAUCCUGGUGACAGUCAUUAUAUUAACCUCUCUGAUUGAAAUUAUCCGCUUGUACCUAGGAUACAUGGGGAAUUUGCAGGAGAAGGUUCCUGAACUAGCUGGCUUUUGGCUCCUGAGUCUCCUUUUGCAACUGCCCUUAAUUCUCUUCCUGCUUUUAAACGAAGGUCUGAAAAUCCAACCACUGGAGCGAGCGGUGAAUAUCAUCUUUGUAGUCUUCCUUGUCUUCCAGGUCAUAGCUGCAUUCAUUGCCCUCAGAAAAAUGGUGAAUCAGCUGGCAACUCGCUUCCACCUUCAUGAGUUUGACAGGCUAGAUGAUCAUUUCCUCUCUGAUAACCUAACCUGGAAUAAAAUGAAGGUGGAGGCUCCCUGGGAUGUGAAACCACCUGUAGAAGAAAUUCGUUCAGCAAGUUCUAGCUGGAGAGCUACAGUGAGGGCUUGAUGUGCUGCAGGGCAGCCCCUUGCAGAUCCUCCUUGGUUCCUGUUGCCUGAAUGAUCUGGGUUUCUGACAAUAUGACUUAGGAGCUCACCUUGUUACAGAUAACAAAAAAGCCACUCUUCUACAAGGAACCUGUACAAUGAGCAUUACCAACAGUGUCUUCACUGUGAGGUGAUUCUGUUGUGAUGAAGAAUAUUAAUACAUGAAAAAGUGUGACAUAAGAUGUAAAACCUGCAUAUAUUUUGCAGGCAUGAUUCAUAAGCAGAAGAUUAGCUUUCUGCACACUAUUGCUCAUGUUAUCUUGUGUAAUCCAUAUUGAUGUGCCCUCAUCUGUAACGUGUUCCUCUACAGACAUUUUUCAGUGGAGGAAAAAUCUUAUAUUGGCAUUAGCCUCAGGUUUACAAUUCUUUUGGACAUCUGGGGCUGGAUUUUUUAAGACUUUGUUUACUUUUUCAGUGUGAGUUCUUAGUAUUUCAAUAACUGUUGCAAAGGAAUAUUUUGUAAAAAUAAAAUUGUUUUAAUAUA